AUGUCGUCAGUGACUCAAACCACACUCAUGCUGAGCAAGCACACAGAAACACCCUCUUAUUCUUGUUUAGAUUAGUGGGCCUGUCUCAGAUUAUGGAGAAGCGUUUUGCUCUUUUGGUCGGGGUUCUGCUCUUGCAGCUUAUGAUUCAUUGCUCUGGUGCUGAUUUGAAGGUAGAAGAAGGUGCAAAAACUGUAGUGGAUCCAAAAGUUUCAUCGACAUCUGAAGGUUCAAAUAGCUCGGAUGAUAAGAAACAGAAAGUUGUGACGAAUUUAGUUUCAGACGGUAAUGAAGUUCAAGAAGUGAAGAAAGAUAAAGAUCAGGGUGGUGGAUCAAAUAAUGGUGUUGGGAAAAGCAAGGAGAAGACCGGUUCAGAUGGGGAAGUUGGGUCGACAGAAACGCAUAGUGUGGCAAAGGGUGAGAAAGGAUCAAAUGAUGGGAAGAAUGGGAAGUCGAGUGAGGAAUCAAAGGCAAUGGCUAGGGAGGAGGUGGGUAAUGCCGGAAAUGUGAACCCUGUGAGAGAGGAUGGUACUCCCCGUGAGGAAUGUGGUUCUGCUAAUAUGUGCACUGUAAAGGAGAACAAGCUGGUUGCCUGUUUGAGAGUUCCUGGAGAUGAUGAUUCUCCUCAUCUUUCGCUUUUAAUUCAGAACAAGGGUAAAGACCCUCUGGUGGUUACCAUUUCAGCUCCUGAAUUUGUCCGGCUAGACAAAACAAAAGUUCAACUGAAAGAGAAAGAUAAUGCAAAGGUGGAUGUUUCUGUUGGAAGUGGAGGAGCUACCAGCAUAAUUGUUCUGAAGGCAGGAAAUGGCAACUGCAGCCUUGAUUUCAAGGACCUGAUCACGCACAGUUCCCAGAAGGAGCCUGAUAAUUCUUCAAACACCACCUACUUGUUCCUCUGGACACACAGACCUGCCAUUGGGAUUCUAUUGGUUGCCUUGCUAAUGAUUUUGGUAUUUGCCGGGAUGUAUGUCAGAUUCAUGAAGAAGCGGGUUUCCAGCAGUGGCUUUAAAUAUCAGAAGCUUGAUGAUGUGCACCUCCCAGUUUUGAGCAGUGAAAAGCCAGAGUUGCACAUUAAUGAUGGAUGGGACGACACUUGGGAUGAUAAGUGGGAUGAUGAGGAGGCCCCCCAUACUCCCUCGAUGCCGGUUACUCCUAGCCUCUCUGGUAAAGGCCUUGCCUCACGAAGGUUGAACAAGGAAGGGUGGAAAGAUUAGUUUGUUAGGUAGACUUGACUUGAUUACUCAGAGAAGGGGAAAAGAAGGAGAUGAUAGACGCAUGUUUUUGUUCCUUAGACUAUAUAUUUAUCAUCGACUUAACAUCAUCAGUUCUUAACCACUUGAAAUUUUGUUUCCCCGGCAAAUAUAGUAAGCUGAAAAUGUUAUUU